CCGAUCAUCUUCUUCUCCGAGUCGAGCGCACCAUAUUGGCGAAGAACAAACCCUAAACCUGCGAUCACCAUUAACACCCUUAACAGGCGAUUAAUUGCUUCGCUUCAAUGAACACCAGCGCCAUCUCCGCCGCUACCACCACCAACUGUCCUCAGAGCCAGCUGAAAAGUGAGAAACCCCAAAAACCUCCUUUUCGACCUGCAAAAGAUGACACCAAGCCUGUCCUUCAAGACCCAAUUUUGAGAUCCGACCCGAUUGAGACUGAGGAAGCAGUGUUGAGGUUGCCUCCAUUUCCGAUCCUCAGAUCAUCAAAAUGAAAAUCUUCAUGGAAAUGCAGCUUCAUGAAUUACUGGGUUCUUUUCAUUCUCUUUUAGCUUUCCAUUUUACUGGGUUCUUGCUUGGAUUGUGGUUCAUGUGCUUGAGUUUUUGUAUGAAGAAAUCUAAAAUUUUUGUCUGGUAUAUAUUAAGUAAUUAAAGUGACAAUUACAAAUUCAUGUAUAAAGCUCUUCGAAGAUGAAUUCUUGUUUGCCCA